AUGCUCAAGCCCAAAGACCUGUGUCCCCGAGCGGGCACGCGCACCUUCUUGGAGGCCAUGGAGGCGGGCAAAGUGCACCUGGCCCGGUUUGUGCUGGACGCGCUGGACCGUAGCAUCAUCGACUGCAGGGCGGAGCAAGGCCGCACGCCGCUCAUGGUGGCAGUGGGUUUACCCGACCCCGCGCUGCGCUCGCGCUUCGUGCGGCUGCUGCUAGAGCAAGGUGCGGCGGUGAACCUGCGGGACGAGCGCGGUCGUACGGCGCUCAGCUUGGCUUGCGAGCGCGGCCACCUGGACGCCGUGCAGCUGCUGGUGCAGUUCAGCGGUGAUCCCGAGGCGGCCGACUCUGCGGGGAACAGCCCGGUGAUGUGGGCGGCGGCGUGCGGCCACGGGGCGGUGCUGGAGUUUCUGGUGCGUUCCUUCCGCCGUCUCGGCCUGCGCCUCGACCGCACCAACCGUGCGGGCCUCACGGCGCUGCAGCUUGCCGCCGCUCGCGGCCACGGGACUUGCGUGCAGGCCCUUACCGGGCCCUGGGGCCGCGCCGCUGCCGCCGCAGCUGCCCGGGGCUCCAGCUCCGACAGUCCCCCUGGCCGCCCGGCCCCAGCGCCCAGCCCUGAGCGCCGGAGACCCAGUCCCCGCCGCCUCCCGCGUCCUCUCCUGGCGCGCUUUGCUCGAGCAGCUGGCGGCCAUAGCGGCGAGGCAGGUUCUGGGGUUAAGGGCUCCGGGCGGCAUCGGGCGCAGGGCAGCGAGCGGCCGGAGCUGGGCCGGAGCAUGAGCCUGGCGCUGGGUGCUGUGACCGAGGAGGAGGCGGCCCGUCUGCGGGCGGGGGCUCUGAUGGUUCGACCACAUUCGCCCCAGUCUUCAGGGACCGGGCGGUGGCGCUCGCAGGAGGUGUUAGAGGGAGCGCCUCCGACCUUAGUGCAAGCCCCCAUUGGCCUUAGCCCCCACCCGGAAGGCGAUCCCGGCUCGGGCCGCCUUGGUUUACGCCGACGCUCCACAGCCCCAGACAUCCCCAGCCUGGUGGGAGAGGCUUCAGGACCCGAGAGUGGCCCGGAGUUAGAAGCCAAUGCUGUGCCUCUCUCGGUGCCUGGGCCACAGCCUUGGCAGGCCGGCACAGAGGCCAUGGUGCUGCAAGCCCAGCGGUAA